AUGUGGGCAACCUUGCACAAUUUGACAAUGCUUGCACAUUCACAGACUUCCAAACACCCUCCACCAGACCGUCGUAGGCCACCUACUUAUGAUGGUGCAGCUGAUCCUGUGGCUCUGGAAGAUUGGUUAAGGGAUUUGGAGAAACUCUUUAUGGCAACUAAUUGUCCCGUUGCUGAGAUGGUACCUGUUGAGAAGUACUACUUGAAGAAAGAGGCUGAUAACUGGUGGGGUACGUUCUCCGCCAAGUUGAAGGAGAUGUUUUACCCUGAUGAGUUACGUUGGCAGAAACAUAAUGAGUUCCUAUCUUUAACUCAGGGGAACAUGAAUAUCCAAGAGUCUACAGACCGCUUUACAGAGCUGUCUAAGUUUGCCAGUACUAUCAUUCCCACUGAAGCUGAGAGAGUUAAGAGGUACAUAAAGAAGAUGGAUCCUAGGGUAAGGACCCUUGUGCUGUGUUCGGGAGCUACUACUUACCAGGGUGCUUAUGAAAUGGCCCUGAGUGUCCAUGCUUCAAUAAAGGAGGAAGAAACUGCUAAGGCUGCAUCUGUGAGGAAGCUUGUCCCUUCUUUUACUCCUGCUUUGGCUAAGAAGUCGAGGUUUGAACCAAAUUUCCGUGGUGGAUAUCAAGGUUCCAGUUCUAGGCUGAGUUUUGAUCCAUCUAAGUGUCGGAGGGAAGUGGGUCACAAGACUUAUGAGUGCCCUAAGAAUCUGAGAGCUACAGCUAGACCUACUGCUCCUCCUAGUUGUUCUGCUCCACCGAAGAAUCGAAUUUACAUCAUGACUCAUUUUAACGCUGAUGUUCAUCCCGACGUCAUCACUAGUACCUUUCUUGUUAAUUUUGUCCCUGCUUUCGUGUUGUUUGAUUCUGGUGCUACAGUGUCGUUUGUGUCUAACUCAUUUGUCAAGAAAGCUAACCUGUCUUUGAGUUCUCCUCUUCGAACUCUUAUAUCUCUUCCUUCUGGUGAGAACUACCCUUGUCAUGCCGAGUACCGUGAUGCGACUAUUUCCUUGUUGGGUAUUAAUCUUCCUGCUGAUCUUAAGGAAUUUUCCAUGACUGAGUUCGAUGUCAUUCUGGGUAUGGAUUGGUUGUCUAAGUAUCGUGCCCAUAUUCAUUGUCGUGAUCAAAAAGUGACUCUUCGUAGUCCGUGUGGCAAGCGUAUCUCCUAUAGUGGAGAAGUGUUGAAGAAAGGGGUAAAGAUCGUGUCUGCUCUCAAAAUGCAGAAACUUCGUCAGAAAGGGGAACAAGUGUUCCUUUGUAUGGUCAAAGAUUUGACUCAAGAAGUGAAGUUAAAGGAUGUCCCCGUUGUCCGUGAGUAUCCGGACGUCUUCCCUGAUGAGUUACUAGGUAUCCCUCCUGAAAGAGAUGUCGAGUUUAGUAUUGACCUCACUCCUGGUACUGCUCCUCUAUCUAAGGCCCCAUAUAGAAUGGCGUCUGCUGAAUUGCAAGAGUUGAAGGCUUAG